GACUGUGGUUCCGGUAGGGUCGAUCACCGGCCUCUAUAUGCUUUGCAUUAUACCGAAGUUCACUCGUGUGUUAACAGCCCGCGUAAAUUAAAUAACGUUAUAUAUUUUUUUAUUAUUCCACAAAUAUAAAAUAAUCAAGGAGUUCAUAUAUAAUCUAAGAGUGUUCUUAAUUUGAAAAUUUAACUUUUUUUUUUGUAAUACUAAUAUGAAAUUAAAAUUAACAUCAGUGCGCCAAUAUUUGGAUGUUAUUAAGUAGACAAUAGAACUUUUUCUAGAUAUUAGUAAUUAGUGCACGAAAAAUUGAAUAUGGGGAAGAUGAUUUUUAAUUGCUCUUGGAAGUUUUUGUUUGUGAUCGUGAAUUUAGCUGACGCCGUUCAACGUUUCGUCGAAUUGCCAACGUACACGGAGGUGAAUCCGGGUGAAGACGCAUUGCUUACAUGCCGGAUAUCAGACAAGAAGGGUGUCUGCUCCUGGCAGAAGGAUAAUAAGCCUGUGGGCAUCUAUCGUGGAAAGUAUGAAUGGGCGAAUGAGAACAGUCCUAUGGGGGGUGACUGCUCACUGUGGGUGAGAGCGGCGACUUUGCAGCUGGACGAUGGACAAUGGCAGUGUCAGGUUACAGCCAGCAACUAUGAUGUGCAGGAUGCUUUAUCGAGUCCACCAGCGGCGCUUGCAGUCAGGGUGCCCCCACAGACUCCAAGGAUCCUGUAUAAUAGCUCUCAUAUCAUGCCUGGACAGAACAUCACAGUCCCUGCCGGGGGUCGGGCAACUGUCGUUUGCGAAGCCAGAUACGGCAACCCACCCGCUUAUAUAGAAUGGUAUUUGGAGAAGGAACGCCUAACAGCUUGGAGUCAAACCAACUCCUCGGAGGUGGAGAGGCCCAGGGUGUGGGCUGCAAGAUCUGUUCUGGAGCUUGGGGCGACACGAUCAGCUCACGGCAGACAGCUGGCUUGUCGGGCGCACCAUCCAUCAUACCCUUCCCCGUAUUAUAGAGACUCUUACACCAUGUUGGACGUUACUUUUGUCCCCGAAGUAUCAAUCGUUGGAGCUGACUCGAGUUCUCUCACGAGUCUAGAGGAGGGUUCAAGUGCUCUAACUCUUGAAUGCAGAGCCGACGGCAAUCCUAGCCCUUAUGUGUGGUGGACUAAGGACGGACAGGUCAUAGCAACGAACGGCCACAAGUUGAUAAGGGCACCGGUAUCCAGAAACGAUUCUGGUAUCUACGGAUGUCAAGCGAGAAACUCUUUGGGUACUUCGGAUUCCGUCAAAAUAGAAAUCGAUGUGAAAUUUUCUCCUCGAGUCACCUGGAUAGGACCAGACACGGUCGUGGAAGCCAACCUGUUCUCAGAAGUAACCCUGGAGUGUAAGGCUGAAGGCAACCCGCCACCCUCCUACCAGUGGUAUCAUAAUCCAAACCUGUCAUCCAUGAGCGGUCAUCUUGAUGAUGGAUAUCCGAUAUCAUCGACACCACAGCUGUUACUCCACAACGUGUCUUACACGCAGCAUGGAAGGUACACGUGUAUAGCGACCAACCAUAUUGGACUCGAAGAAAGGAGUCACCAAUCGGAGGCGAUCACAUUGAACGUGCUUGGACCGCCAGUUGGCGCUGAGACAGGUGUAUCGCACGCGUGGUCGGGGGGCGAAGCUCGUGUUCAGGCUGCUGUGUGUGCGGACCCUCCACCGAGGAGAGCCGCCUGGCUGUGGGGGAGUCUCAGACUGGACGUGCCAUCUCAUGUUGGUCGUUACAAAGCCCUGGAACCCAGUGAUGUGGACGGCUGCUAUCGCUACACUCUCUUGGUCAGCGGCACUGGUGCAGCGGACGCAAGAGUUUACGUGCUGCAUGUUGAAAACGAAAGAGGAUUCUCCUCACACUCUGUGUCGCUUACUGUACACGAUAAUUUUUCGCUAACAGAGACAGCGCACGUGGCUCCGCUGAUCGCGGCAGCGCUGCUCGUUGCUGCCCUACUUGUGCUGGUGCUGUGUCUGCUGAUUCGCUGCCGUCGGAGAAGAGAGAGCGUCGAAUAUAAGACUGAUGACUUAGAUAGCGAGAAGACCGUCCUGCCAGCUGAUGCUGUGUACUCCCCCCGCGACCCUCCUCGCGCUCCCCCUCCCCGGGACCGGGUGCCAGCGGGAGCGCCCGGCGCGGGGGGCCGGUACUCCCCUGGCGCGUUGCAGGUCCGCCGGGCAGCGGUGGUGCUGCAACCCCCCACCACCGUGUGAAUGCACAGGCAGCGUUGACGUCGUUGGAACGAGAAGCCAAAGAAAACGUUUAUGCGAUACUCGAACCGCAUAUACAAUACGACUUAACUAUAAAUAAGCACGGGGAACCGCCUAAGUACUUAUCGCUAUCAAAGCCUCUAACUCACCAAAGAAAGCACGCUUCUGAACAGCAAAAUAUUAAUGAUAUU